AUGGCCCUCAUGCGAACCCUGCAGCUGCUGACCCUCUGGCCUCUGUGCCACGCGGCCUUCACUCCCUCUGUCCCCGCAGCCUCCUACCCCAAGCCGUGGCUGGAGGCUCAGCCGGCCGCAGUGGUGACUCCGGGGGUCAACGUGAGCUUGACGUGCCAAGCCCCCCAGCCCGCCUGGAGGUUCGCACUCUUCAAGCUUGGAGAGAGCGCACCCCUGCUCUUCAGGGACGUGUCCUCCGAGCUGGCCGAGUUCUUCCUGGAGGAGGUGACCCCCGCCCAGGGGGGCAGUUACCACUGCUGCUACCGGAGGCUAGACUGGGGGCCGGGGGUCUGGUCGCAGCCCAGUGAUGCCCUGGAACUACUGGUGACAGAGGAGCUGCCCCGGCCGUCGCUGGUGGCGCUGCCCGGGCCGGUGGUGGCGCCCGGGGCCACCGUGAGCCUGCGCUGCGCGGGCCGCGUGCCUGGCAUGAGCUUCGCGCUGUACCGCGCCGGCGAGGCGGCCCCGCUGCAGUACCUCGACUCCAAAGAGCCCUGGGCUGACUUCCCCCUGGCCGGCGCCCAAGCCCCCGGCACCUACAGCUGCUACUACCACACGCCGCGCGCGCCCUACGUGCUGUCGCCGCGCAGCCAGCCACUCGUGGUGCACGCCCACGCUGGCUCGAGCUCCUUGGACUACACCCGGGGGAACCUCGUCCGCCUGGGGUUGGCCGGCCUGGUCCUCACGUCCCUGUGUGCGCUGGUGGCCUUCGACUGUCGCAGCCGGAGGAGUGCCCUGGGCCACUGGUCGUAG